AUGUUGACUACUUUUUCCUGUUGGUUUAAUCGUGACGUGACUUUAUCCGAAGUUGCCAGUUCAUGUGGACGUGUGUUCCAAUUGGAUGACGUUGGAAUAAACUUUUUCGAUGCAAUGCUAGAACAUAUACUUCAUUUUGAUGAUUUUAAUCGAAGACAAAAUGAAACAUUUCUCAAUGAUGUGGAUUAUAUAACACAAUGUACUAUCGCUGAUUUAACACUCAAAGAACAGUAUGUUCGAUCAUCAAAACGAUUAGAUACCUAUCUAUAUAUUUAUCGUCGAAUUGAAGAAUAUAUUAAUCUAAUAAAUAUAAAUUACGAACCAUUACAACAAUUCAAACAACAAUUAUCGACUUUAUUAGUCUCUACAUUUGAACAAACGUCAGGUGAACAACCCAAUCUUCUUUUAGAAAACAAAGAUCUACUAUUGAAAAUAAAUAUUCUUCAACAUCUAUCAUCGGUUACUACUAUUGAUGAUUUAAAUACAUUAAAUGAGUUUUUUGUCCUAAGUAAACUAUCAAUGCAAGCUGCACAGAUGAUUAAUGACAAUUCUCUUCAAUGGAUCGAUAUAUUAUCAAAAGUGAAGACAAUUAAAUUUACUUUAAACGGAUUUAUUCAUGUCUAUCUAAAUAAUCAGCAAGCAUUUAGAAAAUUUCCAUUUGAUACUUCAGUAUUGAUUUAUCUUAUGCAGCGAAUGCAUCUUUCAAAACAGAUAAAUCAAUCACCCUUUAAAACUUUUGCUCAAUUGAAUAAACAAUUGAAUCUAUCAAUGAUGGAAUUUUUUGAACAAUUUCAAUCGAUAUUUAGUAAUGGAAUUAAAAAUCAAUGGUAUGAAAUGAAAGAUAUUGCUGAAUUAUUCAUAUGGCUUAAAUCACAAGAUCAAUUAUUUAGUCAAUAUUUUUCUCAUUAUUCCUCAAAUGUGAGUACCGAUGAACUAUGGGAGAUAUUUUUAUAUUUAUAUAAAACUACUGAAAUCAAUAAUAUUAUUGGGAAAUAUUUAAUACCAACAUUGAACGAAAGAAUUUCAUCAGUUUCUGUUAGUGAUUUUCUACGAUAUACAAAAUCAGCCAAGAUUUCUUUAGUAGAAAUUAAAUCUGAAGGUCGUUCAAAUUUUAUUAGUUUAUUUGAGAAAAUCUUUGAUAGUUACAUUAUUAAACAAAUGAAUGAUCCUUUAUAUUCGUAUCAAAUCUCUCAAAUCGAUUGCAAAGAACUGUUACAAAUCGGUCUGGAAAUGUCGUCAACGAAUCGUUUAGAUAGAUUUUCGUGUUUACUUCUUGUUCGUAAAAUUAUCUGUGAAACUGACAAUUAUUAUCAAAAAACAAACGCAGAGAAACUCAAAAUUCUAUUUGAAAACUUGAAAAAUUUUGAUAAAACUUUAUCUCAAAAAUAUGCUGCAGAGAAAAUUAUUGAUGAUGAAUGGUUAAACGAGUUUCUCAUCCCUAAUAUUCAAGUUUGGUUAAAAUUCGAUCAAAGAACUUAUCAAUAUUUAUGUGACAACCAUCAGAAUCAUCCUUGGUCAAUCUACAUUUGGUCAAAAAUCGUUCAUUUAAGUCUUUCAAAAAUGUUAACUAAUAAUCACAUUGAUAUUCUUGUCAAAAUGAAUGAUUGGAUGAAAAAUGUUAAUCAUGAUAUUUAUAAUAAAACGGAUAUUCUUACAAUUAUUCUAGUUGAUAAAUUAUUUGAAUUAGUAGUUUCAAAAUAUUCAAGAUCAAUUUUAUUAUUGCCAAAUAUUGAUACAAUUAUGAAUUUCAUUAUAUCUAUGCGUGAUAACACAUAUGUUAAAAUAAAUAUUAGUGAAAUUAAUAAUUUUAUCAAUAAUGGCAAAGAAAUUGUUUAUGAUCUUCUUCGAUUUAAGAGUAAAUGUUCAUUAUAUCGUGACUUAUUGACUACUGAUUCGAUCAUUUAUUGUUUUAUUCCAUUGAUUGAUUUGAAUAAUACACUUCGUACAAUUGAUCGUCAACAGUUUAAAUUUCUAUUGACAACGGCAGAUGUUGAUAAUAUUAUUGAUUUACCAAAGCCUAAAGAUAUUGAUAUCAUAAACAUUAAAUCUAAUGAAGAAUUUGUUACUCGAUUUAUUCAAGAAAUAAAUGAAUGGUUUAAUUGGUUUGAUCGAUUCGUUGAUAUAUUUCAACAUAUUAUCGAUUGGUUUAAAAAUCAUAAUGUUAAUCAUGCAAAUCAAUUCUUAAGUGAUUUAUUAAGGAUUCGUAAUGAUCCUAAAAUGACGUUAAAUGAAAUGCGAAUGAUUAUUGAUUGUGUUUUAAAACUUUUACAACCAAUUAAAGAUCUUCGACGUCUUUGCCAAUUAUUCAAUUGUCUAAUUUCAUUUCAAAUUCUUAAUCCUGGAACAGUGAAUCCUCAAGAUGCUCGAUUAAAAUUUCUCACAGAAUUAAAACGUUCUCAACCAAACAAUACAUUUACAGUCGAAGCUCACAAAAGUUAUAAACACAUUAUUUCUAUAUCUGAUCGUCAACAAGUUCAAUGGUCAUUAACUUGUGACAAUUCUCCAUGUGAUCUUACUAUUGAAUAUAGAUCAAAUAAUCAUAAACACGAAAUAAUAUAUAAUCAAAAAAAUGUUCCUAUUCAUAAAAAUGUUCUUUGUGGUCAAUUUGAAACUCAACGUAAUGGUCAAUUGAUAAUAACAAUUGAUAAUAAAAAUAAUCCAGCAGCUGAAACUAUUUGGUAUGGAAUUGAAUCGAUUGGUUUAUCGACAUGUCAUUUAUUUCAUGGUAUAUUUAAUAUGAAUAAUCGACAAACAUCUGAAAUGAUUUCUGAAAAUGAAUUUAAUAAAUUACUUGAUCUAACAUUUGAUUUUAUAGAUAAACUUCUUAAUGGUAAUUUAACAUUACGAACAAUGACAAAAUUACGAUCUAUUUUCUAUGAUAAAAAUAUUAAUAUCAACAAAGAAGUUACAAAAUUAUAUACAAAUCAUCCGAAUAAUGAUAAACAAAUUGAUCAAGUCUGUCAAUGGUUACAAAUCUAUCAAUAUUAUACUCAUCUCGAUGUUAUUAUAGAAUGUAUUGAAAAAUUUGAUAUUUUAGAUAAUGAAGAUGCAACAAUUUAUCAUUUAAAACGUUUGAAUGCCGACGAAAAUUGUUUAUUAAGAGAAAUAACUGAAAUUUAUAAAAUUUUAAAAGAAUGUUUUCAAAAUUUAACUCAUCAACAUUUACAAUUGAUUAAAACAGUUGUUGAAUGUUCGAAUGUUAUUGAAAUGAUGAAAAAAUCUGAUCUCUAUUCAAAUCAUGGUCAACAUCGUUUUCAACAAUUACGCGAUAAUUUAACAACACAAUUUCAAUUACAAGAAUUAAAUAAUAUGAUUUUAAAUUCAUGGAUUAUAACGUAUACAUUAAUUGAACCAUUUAUAUUGAAAACAAAAAGUUUUGAUGAGUUUCUUUUGCGUCUUACUCAAAUAACAAAUUUAGAAGAAAGUUCAUUGGAUCAUAUCAAGGUUAUUAAUCAUAAUAUACAAACUGUGACAAUGUGGUUAUCAACAGAAGAAACAACAGUAUUAGAUAACGCUCUAAUUACUAUGGAGCAUUUGUAUAAAAAUGGAGUUGUUAAUAUUUAUUUACAACGUUUAACAAGAAAAUCAUCGUAUUAUGAAAUUGCUUAUUCAGUUGAUCGUAUUCAAGUCGAGCAAGUUACAGAGAACGAUAGAAUUCAAUUCCAGUUAUCAAUGUCAGAUAUUGAUGAUCAUAAACGUCAGUUAACAUUUUGUAAUGUUGAUGUUCAAACAAAUUUAAUUUAUAAAAAAACUUUAAUUAAUGGGCAAUUAAAACUAUUUCAAAUAAUUGAAAAUAUCUAUCAUAUAUUGACUAAACUAGAAUUAAGUGGUCAUCCGGAUUAUCAAUUACGCGAUGAACAUUAUGGAAUACAUCUUGAACAAAGUGACAAUACUAUUCAACAUCGAAUUCAAAAUUUAGAAUCAAUAUAUACAACAUUAAGAAUUGCAUAUGAUAUAUGGAUACAAAAUUUGCAGAAGUAUCGUCAAGAAUAUCCAUUAUUAAAAUUAUACUCUAAUCGUGAAAUAAUGAUUUUAAUUAUUCUACUUCGAACAUCGAAUUCUAUUCGAAAUCAGUUUCUAAAAGAAUUAUUUCAAUAUAAAGAUUUAUAUAAUCAAAAUGAAGAAGAACAAAAAUUAGCAAUUCAUUGCCUUGAACAUUAUCUUCGUUCAUUAAGGAUUCCACAAGUUAAUUUAACGAAAGAUAAUCUUAUUCAAAUUUAUUUAACACAUCGUGUCGAUACUGAAUUAAAUACAGAUAUGUCUUUAAAACGAUUAACAGAAUUUCUCCAUGAUUUAUAUCAACAUGAUGGAGAAAUAUUUCAAAAAGAAGGACAAGUCUGCAAUGAAAAUCAACAAUUUCUUGUCGAUAUCAAUCAUUCAACAUUAUCUUUUUCAAAUGAUUUUGAUUUAAAUACUUGUUGUAUUUUAUUAAAUAUCUUUCAAAAUCAAUUACCAGCAUCUUAUCAAAUUCUUUGGUGCUUAAAUACAACAGAAGACGAUAUUCAUUUAUUUUUUUCUCGUAUACGAAUAUUUCCAUCUCUUAUAUUUGUUAUUAUGGAUAUUGAUAAGAUGCAUCAUCAUCUACGAGAAUUACUUUUAAACGAACAAGAUUUAUUAACACGUCGAAAAAAUAUACAUGCACAAGUGUUUUAUUUUUCACAUGAACUAACAACAGCCAGAAAAGGUCUACGAGAAUUUCAAAUACCGGAUAGAUAUAAAGACUCUAAUCAAAGUUAUUAUCAUUUAAUGAAUCUAUUUCAAGAAAAUCAUAUUCUACCAUCUCAGAUUCAAAUUAUUUAUGGUAAAGCGGGUAUUGGUAAAACUCAUCUUGUCAAAAAGAAAUAUAAAACUGCUCAUACAUCAUGUUUUAGUAUUAAUGAUAAAUUAAAUUUAUCAUUAUUAAUUAAUUCAUUCCUCUUAUUUGAUGCAAAUAUGUUUAAAAACAAUCCAUCGAUUAUUUUCAAUAUAUCUAUUCAUGCACCAUUUGAAUCUUUAAAUCGAACAUUAUUUUCUCUUUUUAUUUGUGGAUGUUUAAAUGAUCCAACGAGUGGUUUAAUAUUUUCUUUACCCGAUACUCAAUCAUGGAAAUUUAUUAUUGAAGUGCCUUAUUCAGAUAUUUAUGGUUUAGAUGUUAAAGAAAAUUUCAAAGAAAUUUUACCAAUUCUUUCGAUAAUUUCUCCGUCAACAUUAGAAGAAGUUACCGAUGAUAAUUAUCAAUUAUGUAUCGAAAAAGAAGAAGAAGUUGUUGCACGAUUUUUAAAAGCAUUUGAAGAUAAAACAAUCGAUCGUAUAGUAAUACCAGAUCGUCAUGGUCGUUGUACACCUAUUAGUUUCAAAAAACUAACAAAUGAUGAUGAUUGUCGAAAAUAUAUUUAUAAUUGUAUUAGAAAAUUUGCUCCAGAAUUACCAAAAAAUAAAGUCUAUGAACUUUCAUUUACAAAAUUUUUAUAUCGUCGUGUACGUUUUUUCGAAGGAUAUUUCUAUUGCUGGAAUGAACAUCUCGAACAUUUAGGUUCAAUAGCUAUGCAACAAAUGAUCAAUGAAGCAAAAUCUUUAACACAGAUCAAUUUUCAAGAUAAUAAUUAUCCUCGUAUUUAUCUUACUUAUGAUCCAGGAUUUUCUUUACGUUUAUUAUAUACUAAUUGGAAUGAUAUUGCACCGGAAUUACAAAGUCUUUUCAGCACUCGUGAUCCAUUGACCUGUGAUGAAUAUAAAAAUAAAAAUUAUUUUACCGAAUGUUUAUCAUGGUUAAUCGAUAUUAAUUAUAACACAUUUAUGAAAGUUGUUUAUGAAACAAAAUUUAUUUUAACCGAAAAUUUUACCUAUAAAAUUUUUCAUGUCCAUGAGAGAAAAUUAACAAAAUUACCAUUAAUUAUUGAAGGUGAUACGGGAGUUGGUAAAACUUUUCUAUUAAAAUUCUAUUCAUUAUUAUUAAAUUCAAAGACUACGAAUAUUUCUUUUCAAGAAAAUCUUAAUCGAAAAAUUAUUGAAAAUUCAAGUAAAUUUCUUCUUGAUAUUAUUGAAACAAUCAUUGAAAAAUCUGCAAACAUUCUCAAUAUAUUUCUUCAACAGAUCAAACCAAUAAUAUCAGAUCGAGGAAAUUAUAAUAAUAAUGAAUUUUCUGAUCAACAACAACAAAAUAAUGAAGUUAAUAGUGAUGUUUCUUUAGAAGAAAUAAAACUUUCAUUAAAAAAUAAUCAAUUAAAAAAGAAUAUUUUAUAUCAUCUAUGGAAAACAAUUCUUAACAGUUCGAAUGAAAAUCCAACAUUUUCAAUAGGAAACUUAAUAGAAAAAUUAAAUAAUCAUGUCACUAAUGAAUUAGGUCGUUAUCCGUUAAUUGAAGGUAGUUUUCGAUUGAAAAAUUUACUUAAAGAAAUGCAUAAACCCACAAUUCAUAUGUCAAUUGAAGUAUUUAAAGAAUAUUUAUUUCAUAAUCAAACAAAACCAUUAUUCUAUCGUCUUCUUAUUCAUCCUGGUAUUACUGAAGAACAAAUAGUUGAAUUUAUCUCUCCGAUUUGUCAUCUAGCUCAAGAAGUAUCAGAAAUGGAACUUGUCGUUUUCUUUGAUGAAGUAAAUACAGCUUCAUGUCUUGGUCUAUUUAAAGAAAUGUUCAUGGAUGGAACAUUACAUGGUACAAAUAUACCAAAAAAUAUUUUCUUUACAGCUGCUAUUAAUCCAUUAAUAAAAAUCGAAGAAAAUACAAAUCAAGUUCAUCGUAGUGAUUAUGUUGUCCAUGAUUUACCGCAAUCAUUAAAAGAUUUAAAAGUUUCAUAUGGAUCUUUACAAUCGAAUACAUUAGCUGAUUAUAUUCGACGAAAAAUCGCCAUGUUUCAAAUCACAUCAACAACAAAAGGUGAUCAAAUAAACACAUUUGAUUCUUAUCUUCAAGAUACAUGUGCUGAAUCACUAAUAAAAGCACAUGAAUUUUGUGAGAAAAAUCUAGGACAUAAUUCUGUCUCACAACGAGAAAUUCAACGAUGUUUUAAUUUAAUCGAUUUCUUUUUAAACAUGCGAUAUGAUGAUGAACUUAAACAUAAUCCUAAUCCAGUCCGUUCUAUUGCUUUAUCAAUAGCAUUAAUUUAUUAUUUUCGUCUGCCAACAAAAGAAGAUAAUCAUCAACGUAAUGACAAAAAAACACCAUCACGUGAACAAUUAGCUGAAAUUCUUUGUGAAACUAUUCCAGAUUUUGAUCAAGUCAUUGAUGUUGAAUUAAAAAAAUUUGUUAAUACAAAUAAUUUUGUUAUUCCACAAGGAGUAGCAAUCAAUCAAGCUGUUCGUGAACAUAUAUUUUCAAUUGUUGUUAGUAUUGUUACACGAACACCUUUAUGUAUCAUUGGUGUACCAGGUCAAUCCAAAACAUUAUCUUUUCAAAUUGUUCUUCAAAAUCUCCAAGGUUCGCAGUUAUCAUUAAAACCAUUUUGUAAACGUCUUCCGUCUAUUGAUCCAUUUUUUUGUCUCGGAUCAAAAUAUACUUCUUCAGAAGAUAUUGCUUUUGUUUUUGAUCGUGCAAUUAAACGUGAACAACAAUAUGAACAAAAUGGAAUUAAUACACGAUGUACCGUUUUCUUAGAUGAAGCAUCAUUACCAGAUGAAAAGAAAAUGAUUUUAAAAGUUUUACAUCCUUACUUAGAUGAAUGUAAAGUUGCAUUUGUUGCAGUUGCUAAUAAAGCAUUUGAUGCUGCGAAUGCGAAUCGAAUGAUUUGUAUUUAUCGUUCGUUACCAUCGGAGGAUGAUCAAAAAAUUUUAGCUUAUGGUUGUUUAGGCUUGCAAUUAGAAGAACGAGAAUCGUUUCAUAAUAAUCAUCUUAAUAAGAUUAUUUAUGGUUUAUGUCAAGGUUAUCGACGAGUUCUUCGUUCACCUGAUAUUCCUCAUAUAUUUCAUGAUCGUGAUUUUAUUUAUAUGUUAAGAGAAUUACGAUUUGAAUUGAUGAAUUUAAAUGAUAUAACACCACAAAGCUUAUUACGAGCAUUGGAAGAUAAUUUUAAUGGAAUUCGUGUGCACGAAUUUGAUAAAUUAAUUGAAAUAUUUGGUACAGCUGUUGCAGAACAAUGUCCUGAUUUUGAAUUAUUAAUCACUGAGAAAGAAAAAUUUCAACGUAAUAUUCCAACGAUUUUACGUCAUUCAAUGCAAUUAGAUCCAAUACGGCGUCGUCUUUAUGGUCGAUAUAAAUUAAUUAUUGAUGAAUCUGAAGAUGAAAAUGCUGUUCGUCUUUUAUUUCAACUUGGAAUUCUCGAUUCCGAUCCAAAUCAAACAACAAUUUUUCGUAUGUCCGAUUUUCCGAGUGAUAUCGAUAAUGAAUUACGAAAUGUUGAAAUACUAUCGAAUAUAAAAUUAUGUAUGGAAACAGGUAAAACUGUUUUAAUGGUUAAUACAGGUCGUAUUCAUGGUUCACUUUAUGAUGUUUUUAAUCAGAAUUUUUCGAUUAUGGCAACGGAUGAAAGUCGAAAAAUCUUUUCGAAAGUCGCCAUCGGUCCAAAAACAAUUGAUGUUGUUGUACACGAAGAUUUUCAAUGUAUUGUUCAUAUAAAACGAAGUCAAUUUAAAGAUAUUCCUCCACCAUUUUUAAGUCGAUUUCAGAAAUAUUAUUUUAACAUCGCAGAUUUUUAUUCGAUUCAAUUAAAAGAAAUUUCUGUAGAAGAUAGAAGUUUAAUGAAAGAAAUUGAAAUAAAAGCACGAUCAUUUAUUGAUCAUUUUGGGAGAGAAUAUUUCUAUGGAUUGAAUGAUGAUACAUUAUAUUCCUAUCUCUUAUCAUUUAUUAAAAGAAAUAUGCAAGGUGAAUAUUAUCUAUCAAAUAUUCAGGAAAAUUAUAAUCAAUUAACAAUUCAAUCGAAAUUAUUUAUCGAACAAAAUAUAAAUGAUAAAAAACAAUCCUUACUUUUUUCUAUUAUUUCAAAAAUUUUACAAUUAGUUUCACCUGAAUCGAUUAUUUUUAAAUUACCAACAUUUGAAGAAAAUAUAAGUCGAUUAUUAUGUCAAAAUUAUUUUUAUCAACAAGAACAUUUUAAUUUUGAAAAUUUUCUUUAUCGAUUUAUUUCUUCUCCAACAUUAGCAAAUGAUAAUAACGAAUUAUUAACAAUAUAUGAUAAUAUUGAACAGAAUAUCAAUAAGAUUAAUAUUACAAGAAAAUUAAUAAUGUUUACUCGGACAUCAUCAUUUGUUAUUAGUUUAAAUAGAGAAUCAAAAAGUGAUUGGUUUCAUAAAAAUGAUGAGAAUUAUAUAAUGAUGAAUAUUAGCGAAAAACUUGAUAUUAUUAAUUUGGGAUUGAUUGAAAACUCGAGUGAAUUAAAUGAACAAUUUGAAAACUUUGAAAAAGACAAUCAAAAAACGAUUCUUAUUAUUGUUAUUGAUGGUCGUAUAAGUCAUCAACGUAUACAUAUUCCAUUUAUUCGACACUUAAUAGGUAAAACAUCUGGGAAUCUAUCGAAGUUUUUCAUCAUUCUAAUACAUUCAUCUGGACAAGAACUUAAUUAUAAAUCAUGUUUUCCUUCAAUAUUUUCACAUGAUUGGGAUUAUUGGUUUCUUGAUACUUCAACACCGGGUAGUGCAGUUCAUUUACAAAAAAUGUUACAAAUCUUCACAUCAAAAAUUGGAAUAACUGAUCAAAAAGAAAUAUUAGAUAACCCUCUUUAUGAUUUAAACAUACUUUUUGAUGAUUGUGUAUGGGAUUUUUGUUCACGUUUACAAAUCAAUUUUCAUAAAUUAUCCAAAGAUAUGUUUAAUAAUCAAAAUGCUUAUGAAUUUUAUCAACGGCAAACAACAACGUAUCAACGUGUUCGAUGUUUAAAAAAUAUUUUUGAACAAUUAAACGAAUUACAAAAAUAUAUCAUAACAAUUUAUCACGAAAAUAUUUCAAUGAAAGAAGAAUCUUUACAAAAGAAUUGUAAUUCAAUAUAUGAUCUUGCUAAAGAUACUUUAACUGGAAAACAUUUUAAUAGUCUUGCCGAUUCUUUAAAAUCACAUAUAAGAAUAUCAUUUACAAAUUUUGUUUCCUAUGUUUUGAAAUAUAUUGUCGAUGAUUAUGGUUUAGAAUCAUUAAGUAAAUUAUCAAGUAAAGAUAAUGAUUACAGUAAAUUACUUGAAUUAAUUGAUUAUACAUCAUUUUCUGUUAAUAAUGAAAAUUCAAUGAUGCAACGAAUGUUAAUAGUCAAUGAUCAUUAUUCUUGUAUUCUUCAUACACCGUUAUAUUAUUUAUGUGAACAAUCUAUUAAGAAUUUAGCAGAUGAUGUUAAAUAUAAAUUGGCAAAUCUACAAAAUCAAUUCAAUGAAAGAGGUGUACCAUCCGCAUCGACAAUACGAGAACAAUUUCGCAAUGAAUUAGUUCGAUCUAUGAUGAAUGAUAAAAUUUUAACGAAAAUAGUUUCAUCAUCAAUUCUUGACUCAUAUACAAAUGAUUCUAUUCGAAUUCUUUGUACAAUAAUUGAAAAAAAUUUUCAUGAUAAACAAAUUCAAUGUCAAAAGACAAUUGAUUUUGUUUCUCGUUGGUUAAUAUUAAUUGAUGAUGAUGAUGAUGAAGAGAAUGCAUUUAAUUCUUCAUCGAAUCGUCAUAUUUGGCGAUUUGCAAAUGUUUAUGCAUUACUUGAGUACGAACAAAAUGAUAUUUUGUCAUUCUAUUCUGCUUGUCGAAUUACAGAAAAUCUUGAUCGAAAUCAAUCAUUCUAUGAUAAACUUUUAUCCGUCGAAGAAAUUUCACGUUCAAAAGUUCGCGAGAAUCUAUUUCGAUUAAUGUUUAAGCAUUUAUGGAUUAAUUUAUGUCAAAUAAAUGAAGAUCCUAAACAAUGGAUUCAUAGUUAUACAUUAAUUUCAAAAUAUCAUCCGUCCGAACAAGUUUUAGGACGAAUAGAAUUUAUUGAUAUGAAAGUUAAGGUUGAAUUUAUGAAUUUAGCUUAUUUAAUAUUCCUAAAUGAACAAACACCACAACCAAUUAAACUUAUCCAACAAUUAUUGUACGAUACAUCACUUAUACACGAUGAUCAUUUUAUGAAUUUCUCUGGAUCAAAUUGUCUAAAAUAUUUACCUUUGAUUGUUCAAAGAAUAGAUCAAUAUUUUAAAGAAAAUAAUAGUACAUUAAUGAUGGAUAUUCAACAAUGGAUUAUUGAAAUAAUAAAAAAAUCAAAAAGAACAUCAGAUCAAGAAAUUAUUUGUUUAUUAAAGCUUAUAAAUCAACCAUCAUGUCAUUUAUUAUUACCAAUGAAACAAUUUAUUUUUGAUGAAUUAGCUAAUAUUCUACUUGACAACAAUCAACAAAAUACUGAUUUUUGGGAUCGUAUUUCACUCCUAUCAAUAAUAAUAGAAUGUAUCGAUAAUGACAAUUUAGAAAAUUAUCAAUUACCUUACCAUCCAUCAGCGAUGACUGAUGAAAAUGCGAAUCAUAUGAUAGUCGAUCUAUUUUUUUUCUAUCUUCGACGAUUAGCAAAUAAUGCAAUAAUUCAACCAGCUUUAAUCAAUAAAAUUCUUCUUUCAAGAUUACCAAAGAUUAAUAAUGCACAACGAAUUCCAAUUGCAGAAAAAAUAUUCAAUCAAUUAAAAGAAUUUUUUAUUUUACAAACUACGGCUUUAUUAUUAUGUCAAACAAAUUUAGAUCAACACGAUCAACAAGCAAUUAAUCAUAUUCUUACGACUGUUAUUAAUCAAUAUUUAAGAAUUGAAGUACCUGUUAUUCAAUUAAGUAAUUACGUUCAAUUUUUCUGUUCAAUUAUAAUUACUAAACAAUCAUGGAGUUUUUUUCUUAAUCUACUCAAAUCCGAACGCCUUCAAUAUUUAAAUGUUCAAUGGGCGGAUACAUUACAUAAUCAAUUCACAUUAGAAUACAAUACUCAACGUAAUAGAUAUCUACACUAUUCUCAUCAACUACAAUUUACAAUAACAACGGAUCAAACUUCAUCGAUUUUUCCAACCUUACAUCAACCAUACCAUACACUAACUCAAUUAAUUGAUCAAUGUGUUAAAAAUAAUAGUAUCGAACAACGUUGGAUACCUUUAGUUAAUUGGAUAGAAUCAACAUUAACUAUUAAUGUUAUUGAAAUAAAAGUAAUGAUAUUAUUAAUUAUUUAUUAUGAUUAUUAUUGUAAUAAUCAAUUAGAAUCUAUUCAAGACUUAAUAGUUAAUAUUGAGCAUACACUUGAACUAUCUGAUGAAGAACGACGAGUAUUCAAUGUUUUUUUACAACCUGAACAAUAUAUGAUUGGAUAUCCAGAAGAGAAUAACGAUCAGGAUAAAAAUUAUCUUAAUGAUUUAUUUAAAAUUGAUUAUCAAGAUGAACAACAACUACCUAUUCGUCAUACACUUGUUAAUCUUUUAGCAAUGAUUUUACUCAGUGGACAAGAAAAUACUCUAUGGACAUUUGCAUUUCAACCAUUGAAACUUGAAAACACAUACGGUUUUGCAUCGACUGCAACUAACCCUAUCCAAAGUACUUUGAUUCAUUAUGAUUGUGGAUGUGUGUUAUCUGAAAGAGGAGCAUUACUUCAGAAGUAUGGCGGAAAUGCAUUCAGUAUUCCAGCAGUUUAUAUUGCAUAUUUUGCAACAUUUGGUGCUUUGGCUUGGCAUUUGUUAUUAUUUGAUUCAUCUGUGGAAAAUCUCAAUGGACCUAUUCUUUCUGGAAGUGCAAUUAAUGAAACAGCAGCUAGAGAACGUAUAGAUGAUAGAAGUGAUCGAGCAAAAACAUGUUUUUUUGUUUGUACACGAUUGUUAUCAACGAAUUUUUUUCUUUUAUUACAAUCCAAUCAAGAUGAUGCUUGUCUUUUGUUUAAUCGUUGUUUUGAAUUGUUUGCUCAACAGAGUCAUCAACCCGAUGAAAAUCCAUGGAUUCAACCAAUUUAUACGACAAUCAAUGAAGAACGUGAAGCUGAAAAAGAAUUUCAACAGAAUAUUUUCUAUCCUACAUAUCAAAAACUAAACGAUUAUAAACAAAUCAUUAAUAUUUUACAAUCAAAAACUGAAGUACAGACAAAAUUACAGAAUUAUAUAACUCAAAUGCCUAUUCGAAUUGAAAUUAUUCAUUUUAAAACUGAAUUAUCUAAUCCAGAAUCAAUUAAAUUACCAUUAAAAAUUCUACGACAAUUAUUUGAUUCAUUUGAAUUUCUAAAAAUGACUCGACUUAUUUAUCCAUUGAGUCAAUUUCAUAUUCUCUUACAUCGAACUUUUGCUCAACUAAUCGAACGAGAAGAAUUUCUGAAUAUUUCAUUGGAUGAAUUAUACAAACGAGCUUGUCAAUCUUCAAAUCGUUUGCAUCAACAAAAUAAAUAUAGAACAAUUAUUGAAAACGGAAUUGAAGCUGUUAAUACUUAUCAUCAAUUUGCUGAUGGACAAAUUCGACCAGGCGCUUGUGAUCUUACUCAACGUUUUGAAACCAUUUCUAUGAAUACACAUGUUAGCUAUCUUGUUGAAACAGACAAUCAUGAAGAUGGAAAUAUUAUUAUGCGUAUACUAAGUAUUCUUGUCGAUUAUCAUAAUAAUCUUGUUAAAUUACUUGAAACAGAAAUAUACUCACAUGGUGAUACUCUUGAAUUAGGUUCAUUAAAACCUAUUAUUAAUGAAUUAUCCGAGAGAGAAAUAUCUAUUCUUCAAAUAACAGAAGAAAAUCACGGUGUUAUUACAUUGAAUGAUGUAGAUUGUCAAUGGAUUGAACAAUUAUCUCGAUCUAGUCUUGAAAAUGAUAAAGAUUAUUUUCUAAAACUUAAUACACCAUUAAAAUUUAAUUUCCUCUAUGUACAAUCUUAUCUUAUUCGAAAAUAUCUUCUCUAUUGUCAUAUUAAUUACGAACAUAUCAAAGAAAAAUAUCAAUGUUAUAUUAAACGAAAAAUUCCAAUGACUACAAAUAAUUUCAAUGAUGAUGAAAAUGAUAUUAAUAUGGAUUAUUAUAGUUCAAUAGCUGAUGAAUGGAAUCAUUUAGAGCAUAAAACUUUCGAUCAACUUCAAAAUGAAUUUAAUUUUCUUCAGCGAAUUAUUGACGAAUUGAAAGAUUCUCUUGAGGAUUAUUCGUCCAUGAAACUUUCAGAAUUUAUUCAAAAUACAAAUUAUGGUCAAAAAAUCAAAGAUUUUCCUUUAUCGCAAAUAAAAUAUAUUCGGCAAUUUUAUCAAAAAUCGAUCUAUAAUUUUCAACAUGCAUUUAUCAAUGUAUCUCAUUUAAUUAAUGUUCCUCUAGAUAAACAAUUUAGCGAUGAACUUGAUCAUAUAUUAAAAUCGUCAUUUAUUUCUUCGAAUGAUCCAACUAAGAAAGAAGAAUUUCAAGCAAAGAUACGAAUGAUAACUGAAUUUUUAAAUGAUUUGAAAGAAAUAGAAGAUUCUCUCGCUCGUCAAUGGACUGACUCACUUGUAGAAACAUGUGGAAUAUUCUGCAUUGAAAAUCCUAUUGUUGAAUUACUACCGACAGAAAUUAAAUGUAAAAAUUAUAUUCCAUUAUGUUUGAAAUUGAUUAAAAUACGAUCUCAAUUGCAAGAACAAAUGAUUGAUAUUGAAGAAAAAAGUAUUGAUCUCUGGAAUGCUCAUUUUGAUAUUCAAGAUAUAAAUCAAUCAAAUGAAAAUAGCUUUCAAGUAUUUCGAUAUAAGGACGAUAGUUUAUUAUCUUUUAAUACAAAUCAAAGUUCGACAAUAGAAACUACAUCUGCAGAUUUAAUCGAUUGGUGGGAGAUAAUUGAUAUUCCAUCGAAGUCACAAGUAGUCGAUAAUAGAACAUCUCUAUUCACAUUAAAGAUAACAUCGAUUUCAUUAUCACCUUCAGUUUUGUUUGAAAACUGUCGAAUACAAGCGGAACAAUGGGGAUCGAAAAUACCCAAUUCAAGGUUAGUUGUUACAUUGAAAGAUGGUAAACAAGCAAAAUAUUUCUGUAAACCUGAAAAAUUCUAUGAGAAACUUAAAAAAAUCUUUGAAGAGAAAAAGUACGAUUAUAAUACAACUGCUGUUAUUGAUUCAAAUCAAUUAUUUGUUGAUUUUAUGAAGGUAAAUGAUAACAAUUCAUUACCUAUUAUAGUAUCUGAAUACUAUGUUGUGGAAAGACAAUUAUUAAUUCCUGUUCUAUUAGAAUAUAAAAAUAAUCAAUUUAAAUAUUUCGCUAAAGCUACAGCAACACUUUCUUCAAUUCUGAAUCGUUUUAUUCUUGAUCAACAAUGGAAAUUUACGUCACCACAAAAUUAUUUCAAUGUAUUUGAUUCACUCGGACGAUAUAUUUCUGAAGAUAGUCCAAUUAAUAAAAUUGAUCGAUAUAAUGAACAAAGUCCAGUUCACCUUCAAAUUCUUCAAUGUAAUCAAGAUGAGAAGAAUGUUUGUGAAGUAUCACUUACAACAAGUCAGUACUUUAAUCAAGCUACAACUUGGAAACAAAUUGAUACAUGGUCGAAAACUCUUCAUAUCAAUGCAGAAAGUACUACUGAUCGUUACAAUUUCUGGAAUAUAGAACAACAAUAUAUUAUUCAUGAAAAUGAAACACUAUCUUUCACACUUGGUGAAGCUGAAUCUAUCAAUGUUGAUGCAAUUAAUGAAGAAAAUAUGAUCGAUAUAAUUCUUUCCUAUGAUCAGAUUAAUAAAACAAUUCGACUUCUUAAAUCAUGUAUAGUUCAUAGUCUUCUAAAUAAUUCAAAAUAUUUCAAACAAUUAGAUCUAAAGAUAUCUCCAGAAGAUUGUACUCUGAUUUUUGUUUCGAAUGAAUCAGAAAAACAAAUUUUGGAAAAAAAAGAUAUGAAAAAUCCAAUUAGUUAUUAUGCAUCGAUGACUGAUAGUCUGGUUCAUUUUCAGAUAUCUUUACUUAUUCAAAUAAUUCAAUAUGAUAAUCAAAAAGAAAUCUCAAUUCCUGUUUCACACCGAAAUAUAACCUUAAAACAAUUAUUAGAAAUGAUUGAAAUUAAUGAUUCUCAUACAUAUUUAGCAUCGUAUGAAACUAAAAUGGUCUUAUCUGAAUCAUCUACAAUCAAUGAAACAAAAUUUUUUCUUGUGAAAGAACAUCAAACAUGUCUUAUAACAAUUGAAGAAAAUAUGACUAAAAAUCAACGAUAUAUUAUCAAUGCUUCUAUCAAUGAUAUUUACAAACGAAAUAAAAAUAUCGAUCAAGAUCAAUAUCUUAUCUAUGAGCAUGAUUUUAUACCAUCACGUGAAACAUUAUUGAGCUUAUUUCUAUGUACUGUAAAUUCACCCAUCAAAUUCAAUUUAACUUAUCAAAAAUUACAAGCAAAUGUGACAGUAACUAACAAUGAAGAAAAAAGUUCAAUUGUAUUUCAAUGUGCACCAUCAACGACAGUUGGUCGUGUUCAUCAAAUUGUUUGUCAAUUGUGGAAAUUAAAUACACGAUUUUAUCGUUUAAGUCUCUCUGAUGAUACGAAUAUUGACGAGGAAUGUUUAUUAGACGAUAUUUGUGAAUAUAUGAAUGAUACACAAUUGAAAUUAAUUUCAAUUGCUGAUGUUAAAUGUGCCAUUACCUAUCAGAAUGAAAUUGUCAUGAUUCCAGCUCUAAAUGAAACAAUUCUAUCAUCGAUUAUGAAAGAUACCUUAAGAAAACUUGUAAUACCAUUUGAUGAUAUAGAUCGAUUUGAAUUUAUAUUAUUGGAUGAUCUGAAAAAUCCCAUCAAUGUCGAUCUUGAUUUAAUCAUCAAUGAUAUUCGCUCGAAUUCUUCCACGCAAUUCGAUACAAUAUCGCUUCUCUUAAAAAAGAACACAGAAAUCGAAGAUUAA